AUCAAAUGUGCUUUGCAAGAAAACUCUCAAACUAAAUCCAAAAUUCAGAGUUCCAACAAUAAGAAACAAGAUUGAGAUCUCGAAUUCUAUUUGUUGUGUUUAGUUUAUUUUGUGUAUUUUUUUUUUGUGGCCCAAAAAUGGAAACGAAUUCAUCAGGAUCAAAAGAGCCGCAGCAGCAGCAAAUGGCCGAGACUAGUGGACAGUCACAGGCAACAAGCAAUGAAUGGUGUUUGAUUGAGAGCGAUCCGGGAGUAUUCACUGAAUUGAUACGUGGAUUUGGAUGUGUUGGUGCCGAAGUUGAGGAGAUCUGGACAUUGGACGCUGGCGCCUUUUAUCAUUUGGAACCGAUACAUGGCUUGAUAUUUCUCUUCAAGUGGAUAGAGAACGAUGAGCCAGCUGGACGAGUGGUGCUGCCAGAUAGCGAAGAGGGUAAAGGGAUAUUCUUUGCCAAACAAAUGGUGACCAAUGCCUGUGCCACACAGGCCAUAUUGAGCUUGUUGUUGAAUCUCCAACAUGAGGACAUCGAACUGGGUGAAACGCUGAUCCAAUUUAAGCAAAUGUGUCAAGAAUGUGAUCCCUAUAAGCGGGGUCAGAAUCUGGGUAAUUCGUUGCAGAUACGUCAAGUGCAUAAUUCGUUUGCUCGACCCGAAAUCUUUGAUUUGGAUACAAUCAAGCAACAGUCUAGCCUAACAGAAGAUGAUUUCUAUCAUUUUGUCGGCUAUAUGCCAAUUGGUAAUCAUCUGUAUGAGCUGGAUGGCAUGCAGGAGGGACCCAUUGAGCUGGGCGAGAUCAAGCCGGGUCAGAAUUGGCUGGAUGUUGUUCGUCCCAUAAUUGAGGCCCGUAUGAAGCGUUAUUGUGUCGGCGAGAUACAUUUCAAUUUGAUGUCUCUGGUUUCAGAUCGUCAGCGGGCUUAUGAGCGUCAAAUUGCCACAUUACAGAAACCAGGUAAUGAUAUGCUGCUAGAUAGCAACCUCUCUGAAGCUGAGCGUAUGAUCGAGAUAGCCGAUUUACAGAGGCUUCUCGAAUUCGAAAUGGAGAAAAAGCGUCGCUAUCACAAGGAGAAUUCGCGACGUCGUCACAAUUAUCUUCCCUUUAUCUUGGAGCUGCUGAAACAACUGGGCGAGACGGGUCAAUUGAUGCCCAUCUAUGAGAAGGCCAAAGAGAGAUCGAUUUUGCAAGCCAAUUACCAGUUUAGCAGAUUGAAUGCAAUGCCAACUGAUUGUAAUGAUGAAUCGGUGAAAGUGGAAACUAAUCCGCCCCCUAAGUAAUAGUAUUGUAUAAAAAAAUUGUAACCAGUCAUAUGAAUCAGUAAUAAGUAUGUCAAGUUUAUUGAAUAAAUCAGAGUACAAUAAUUA